CAUACCUACAAACUUCCGGUCUUCUAAUCUGGAUGAUUUUCUUAGAUUUCAAACCUAUAUUAUGCCAGUUUAUGUUGGUGAUAAUGUUGUGGGGAACUACAGAAGAUAACACGGAGGGUGGACAUCUAGUCACCUUUAAAGUAUAAACAACCCGUGGGCAGGUGCAUGAAGAAAAGAUGUCAGAUCGGUUCCAUCGUGCCGCGAGAGAUGGCUAUCUUGAUAUCCUCCAUGAUGCAACACGUCGUGAUUGCAACAAGGAAGAUGAGGAUGGGAUGACGCCAACUCUCUGGGCUGCCUUUUAUGGCAAACUCGAUGCCCUGCGUCUUUUAGUCGGGAGAGGGGGUGAUCCAGACAAAUGCGAUUUCCUGGGAAAUACAGCCCUUCACUGUGCUUGUUCAAAUGGACACACAAACGUUGUGUCCUUCCUGGUUGCCUUCGGGGUCAAUAUGUUUGCCUUGGAUAAUGACUUUCAUAUGGCCAUAGAUAUCGCUGCCAUGAAUGAACACAUGGAAAUCGUGAAGUUCCUGGAUAGUGCAAUAGCCAAAGCAGGUGGUCUUAACACCAAAACUGUGCAAAAACAGAAAACAAAGGCGUCAUUAGAUGCCCAAAAAAGGGUAAAAAUAUACGAAAAACUCCAGAAUAAGGCCCAGAAAAAAGCUGAAAAGGAAGACAGGGAACAGUUUCGAAAAAAUAAUACCACCUCAACAACUGAUCAGGCAGAUUCAUAUUCAAUAAAAAGUUACCGAGGUAAAAAAGAUGAGAAAUUCACCCUACCAGGCAGAAAUUUAUCUACCAUAAGUCAAACUGGUCCUCGUAAUUAUUCAGCCCAUAUUGAUCCUGCCAAACGUAAGAUCUCAACGGGAUCUCGUUUUUCCACUGGAGUUGUAAGUAAAAUUCAAGGCAAACGUCAACAAGAUACCGUAAGUGAAUUCCACGUGUCCAACAUGCAUUCUGGGAAACGCACUCAACGAUCACUAAGUGGUUUCAAAAGGGACACUGACGUUUUAUAUGUGCCUAAAGCAGAUUAUGGCUCCGAGGAUACUACUGACAGUCGAUCAAAUGGUGCUAACCAAAUAACCGAAAAACCUGAAGUUCCCAUGUUCGACCGCCCUGGUUUUGGGAACCUUGCAUUUUUCUCAAAACCUGGAAUAGCCACUGGUUUACAGUCUCUCUCUUCCGACCAAGCAAAUGGCAAUAUAAAUAAUGAAAGGAAUAUUGAACGAAAAUCAAGCGUUACUGACAGUAUCGGGUCAGUGAACACCUUAAUGCAGCGCAUGGAGAACAUUCCGUGGAAUAUGGAAGACAUUGAAAAUUUGGAAGAUGACAUCGAAGAAGCUUCUCCAUUGGAGUUAUUCCUGACAAUACACAAUGUUUCAGACUAUAUUUCUGUGCUAUCGCAAGAGAGGAUGGACAUGGAAUCGUUGAUGCUGUGUUCGGAAGAUGAUCUAAGAGCAAUCGGGAUACCAUUGGGGCCGAGGAAGAAACUCAUCGAGGCUUGUACCAGGAGAAGAGAUGUUCUAAAACAACCGGGUCCUAUAGUGGAUGAUAUAAUUUUAUAAUAAUUUACGUUUUAUCUCUCCUUCUGCCAUGGAGUAUACUCACGAAAUUGGUACAUAGUCCCCCCUCCCCCGUUGCCCGCUUAAGAGUAUACCAAGCUAAACAAACAUCAUUGAAAAAUAGCAGGCCAUGGGUCCAUAUAAACAUUUGAGUUGAUCAAGUUAACAUAAAACACUUAUAUGUAAUGAGCUCACUGUUAAAUACAACAUGUGUCUAAACUAUUUGAGAUGGUGGUGUUAAGAA